AUGAAAGAAGUGGUCGUUAUCUUUCCUAACAAAAACCAUCAUCUACAAACAACGAGAUCAUGGGACUUCUUACACUUCCCACAAAGGAUUCGAAGAGAGCACACGGUUGAGAGCGAUAUAAUUGUUGGAAUAAUCGAUUCUGGAAUUUGGCCAGAGUCAGAUUGUUUUAUUGAUACUGGAUAUGGACCUCCACCAAUUAAAUGGCAAGGGUCCUGUGAUGGAUUAACUAAUUUCCAUUGCAAUAUGAAACUUAUUGGAGCAAAAUACUACAAAAACGAUGGAGACUUCUCCCCAACCGAUAUCCAGUCUCCAAGAGACUCCAGUGGUCAUGGAACUCAUGUGGCUUCAAUAAUCGCCUGUAACCUUGUUAAUUCGGAAGGCCUUUCUGGUCUCGGGAGAGGUAUAGCUCGAGGAGGAGUCCCGUCUUCGAGGAUCGCCGUUUACAAAGUAUGUUGGUCAACCGGUUGCACAGAUGAGGACAUUAUUGUAGCAUUUUUUGAUGCCAUUAAUGAUGGGGUUGAUAUAUUAUCAAUUUCUAUGGGAAAUGAUGUUUUAAGCUACUGUGAAGAUCCCAUAACUUUUAUGAGUUUUCAAGCCAUGAAUAAAGGAAUUUUGACGUCAAUGGCUGCUGGAAACGAGGGUCCGGGACUUAUAUCUAUCAAAAAUGUUGCUCCUUGGGCGCUUACAGUAGCAGCAAGUGCCAGCGAUCGUAAUUACGUUACCAAUUUGAUGUUGGGGAGUUUCAGUGAACACGUUUGUCCAAAUGGUUACAGCCCUUUAGUGUAUGGAGGCAGUGUGCCCAAUAAAAGAAUUGGUGCUUCUAGUUCUCAAUCUAGAAAUUCUAGUUAUACGGAGAAUGUAAAAGAUAGAAAAGUCCCUCAAUUUUGUUUAAGAAAAAUGAUUGGGAGCAAGACUUUGAGGGAGCCACUCAUUGAACGAUUGAGCGAACCGAACUCACUAAAUCCUAUAUUGAUAAAGGGUAAGAUUGUCAUUUGUGACGAAUAUAAUUUUGGAGAAGCAGCUAUUUCUGCUGGAGCAAUUGGUAUGGUGAUACAAGCUAAUGCAACCAAAGAUGACUCUGGCGUGUUUGCCCUCCCAACAACUUAUGUUGACAUGCGGAGUACUGGAUACAUCUUGAGUUAUGUUAGCUCAUCAAGUAAUCCAAUUGGAAGCAUAUUGAAGAGUACUCAAGUUUUUGAUGCUUCAGCACCAUAUAUUGCAUCAUUCUCAUCUAGGGGACCCAAUCCUAUAACACCUCAUAUUCUCAAGCCGGAUUUGUGUGCACCUGGUGUUAAAAUCUUGGGAGCAUGGACACUUGCAAAUUCUCCUACGAGAUUACAAGAAGAUUUGAGAAGGCUACCAUAUAACAUCGUAUCAGGCACUUCAUCAGCCUGCCCACAUGUUACUGCUGCAGCCGCAUAUGUCAAAUCAUUUCAUCCAUUAUGGUCUCCGGCAGCUAUAAAAUCUGCUCUUAUGACUACCGCCACCAAGAUGAGUGAAGAAAAAAAACCUCAAGCAGAAUUUGCUUAUGGAGCUGGCCAGAUAAACCCUGAAAGGGCUAGAAAACCAGGCCUUGUGUAUGAUAUUACACUAGUUGACUAUUUGAAGUUUUUGUGCGGGCAAGGCUACAGUAACAAUGAUUUGAAAUUUCUUUCGGGAAUUAAUAGUGUUUGCAACCGUUAUGGGACAGAAAAUGCAUGGAAUUUGAACAUGCCUUCAUUUUCAAUCCCUAUCAUGCCUUCUACUCAUUUUAAUGUCACCUACACUAGGACAGUUACAAAUGUGGGACCUUCAUCAUCCAUUUACCAAGCCCAAAUUAUUGCUCCACCAGAAUUAAACAUACAAGUUGUGCCAAACGUACUUCAUUUCUCUAGUGUCGGACAAACUCAAACAUUUGGGGUGGUUUUCGUAGGAAGGAUUAGUGUAGGGAACAAUAUUGUUUCUGCUUCUUUGUCAUGGGUAAGCUCCACAAACACAGUGAGGAGCCCCAUUGUUGUUUUUGUUAGAAACUAA